GGAUCUUCUUCCACCGCCCUUGACCUACUAUUAGACACAUCUUCGCCUCAGUCCACCGACACGUUAUCAAAACUCAAACACCCUCCGAACAAUCCUCUUCACUCACUGACUGGUCGAGAUCUACCCGUCAGCUCCUUUCUCGCACGAAAAUACAUCAGCACAUCUCCCUUGCAGCACCACCCGCGCCUUACAAACACUCAGAAACUCCUUCGUCACCGCCUCUCUCACGUUACGUCUCGACCUUCCCUCUGACCUUGCUAGAGCUUGUAUAUCUCGGUCUCUCUUGCCACCUAUUUGUCACUUACCGCUCGAACGGUACUGCAAAGAUUUGGAACCACCUUGCCGACCAGCGCACGGUUCACCGAUAGUUCGGUCGCAGAGAAGCAUUGACACAAGCGGAGAAUAAUUUGACCUUUGCAAACAUAGCAACGAUCAAUAGUGACACCACAACCAUGUCUCGCAGGUCUCUCGAGUCUGAAAGGCAUAUAAUGGCCCCAAGCGUCACUUCCAAACGUACCUCCAAACGCUAUUCUACAUACUCUGCCUCCCCCAGCUUUGCGACCACGACUUCCAACUACUCCACCACCCUGGCCUCAGCAAACGUGGCCAGCCCGGAAACGGGCAUGGCCGAGAUCCGCCAGCUCACGCAAGGCCUCGACAGACUUGAGAAUAAACACCUCCAACAACAACGAUUUGUGCCCAGCCAAAAGAAAGCAGAUGAUCUGAGCAAGUUGAGCCUGGGUGCAAAGGUCGAAAGAGCACUGGGACGGCGAAUGUCGGAUCAAGAUGCCGUGUUUCGAGUGAAGAGGCCCAUUGCAAAGGCGGUCAAUUCAUUCUCUAUUAUUGAUGAAAAGGCCGUGAUCAAGGUCUAGAUGGCCGUGCUUGCAGGGUCGCAGUAAUCGAGCAUGCCGUCCAGCGGUACAUGAUUGUCCCAACGGGACAAGAGGGACUUGAGGUGCUUGCAACAUGAGAAGCACCUCAUGUCGCCAUGCACCCGAUAGACGUGGUCAUGUUGUUGCUGUUUUUCACCUUUUGGAGUACGAGAUCGAUGUGUUUGGGAUUGACGUUGACGUUAAAUGCUUUUUGAGAUACCAACUUCCAUGUUUGCAAGGGUCUGCUUUGUCUGCUUUUUGCGGGUUACACAUCAUAUCAUUACCAUGAAACGAGGGAGAGGAAGACGGGAGACUGGUACGCUUAGUCCGAUGACGGACAAUUGUACAGAGGCGCAGCUGUCCAACUAUGAACUACCGUAACGAACUACGACGGGCCACACGUUGUUGGCUUGUCCAAAUCAUAUACGGAUUGUGAAGCUCUUAUGAAUGUUCCCCAAUGGGCCUCUUUGUAUUGUACGGACAAUAAGCCGGUCGUAAACCGUAACGUAGAAAAUCAGUCGAGCACAAUUGACAGGG